AUGGCGGAUCGACUUGCGCCAAUUACAGCUUUUGCGACCAGCCGACGGCACCAGCUGAUUGUCAUCUCAUGCUACACGCGUUUCGACAACUUGGCACAUGGUCCCCGGGGCAAAGAGGCCAAGAAGAGCCUCUACACCUUUUGGAUGGACACCAGUGACGGCCAGCUGGUGCUGCUGUCAGUGGUCCAGGCCCUCCAGUGUUUCCGGCCGGCCAGAUCCCUGCACCCGGCGCGUCUCGCGCCAGUAUGCGCCAGCACGGAGUCGGUUGCGGAAAACGGCAAGAUCGAUGCCUGGAGCGUGAAUCCGAAGACUGGGCAGCUCGCCAACAUCGGCAGCUUCGAUGCUGGGGGGACCUCCACGUGCUACAUCACCUUGGACAAGGCAUGUGAGAACAUGCUGGUGGUCAACUACUGGAAUGCGACGAUCGGUGUCUUCGCCCUAGACAAGGCGACAGGAGCCGUCAGUUGCCGACGCUCCCUUUUCGAUCCCAAUGAGGGACGGCCAAUGAAGGCGCGCCACGACGCCCAUGUCAAUCACUCGGAGAACGAUCCGAGCGCACAGCAGGAGAGGCAGGCGGACCCUCACUCGCAUGCCGUGAUCCUGGACCCCUUCUAUGGGCGGAUCGCCUACGUGCCGGAUCUCGGCAUGGAUUUGAUUCGCCAGUUCUACUACGAUCCGGAGGCUGGUGAGCUCACUGCCGCCGGGACCAUGUCUUCCGGGCCACCAGGUCGCAAGGCUCUGGGCCCUCGGUACAUCGAGUUCCACCCGACUCUGCCGAUAUGCUACGUGGUGAACGAGCUGGCAUCCGACAUUUCGGUUUUCGAAUUCGACCACGAAGCUACGGAGGCAAUCAUCAAAGCUGGGCGCCCCGGAGCGGCCCAGGCGCAGCCGACCUUGCGCCUGGUGCAGUCGGUUCGCACCAUCCCAGAUGCAUUCCCAGGGGAGGCCAACACUUGCGGCCGAGUGGCCGUGCACUCCUCUGGGAAUUUCGUCCUCGUCUCGAACCGAGGCCACGACAGCAUCACCGUCUUCAGGGUGCACUACACGCACGGCCACAGAGGCUUGUUGUCGGUUGCCGUGACGCAGCACACCCGAGGAGCGACCCCCAGGCAUUUUCAGUUUGACAGCUCCGGGCAGUGGCUCAUUACCGCGAACCAGGACUCCGACAACAUCUCGGUCUUCAGGUUCAACCUGGCAACUGGAAAGCUUGAGUGGACGGGAAAUGAGUACGAGGUGCCGUCCCCGAACUUCGUCUGCAACGUGGUGCCGCAUCAGCAGAUGGCGGGCUACGAUAAAGCCUCUGCAGCUCUGUCCAAAGCCGAUGAAGCGCUUCUUCGGCACGCUAUCGAGUGCUCCCGCCGGGCUGUAAAGAACGGGAAUCACCCGUUCGGCUGCGUAAUCGUGGUACGCAAGUCGGACGGUGAUGUCGUGGAGACGAUCGACGCAGAGAAUCGUGUUGUUACGGACAAUGACCCUUCGGCCCAUGCGGAGAUGUGCGGUGUCCGCCUCUUAGGCACAGCAGCCGCAGCUGCACGGGAGUCCAAGCGAUUUGACGGCUGCUCCUUCGAAUUGUUUACAAGCACCGAGCCGUGUGUUAUGUGCUGCGGUGCGAUCUACUGGUCUUUUAUGAUCGACCGCGUGGUGUACGCAUGCCCCGAGGCAGGGUUGGCCCGCCACGCUGGGGACGACUUUUUGGCAUCCUGUCGCGAGACACUGGCGAAAGGCAAGCGCCCGAUCAAGGUGGAGGGGCCAUUCCUGGCUGAGGAGGCAGAGCAGCUGCAUGCAGAGUUCUGGCCAGGCUUCUUGGCCUCACUUGGGGAGGUCUUCCGAGGAGGGCCCGAGAUCAAGCCUCUGA